AUGUCAGAGGCAAAAGAUAUACCACAAUUGUCGGAAGAAGAGAAAAGAAGAAUACUUCGAGAAAGAAGACAAAAUAAAAUGGCCAAAGGUAAAGCUACUGAUAGAUUAAAUGAUAUACUAAAUCAAGGAACAUCAGUUAAAGCAUCAUCAGUUACUUCAGUAUUAGACAAACCAGAACCAAAAACAGCAACUACAACCAUUGACUCCACACCAACAUCAAACAAGAUUACACCAAAUACUAGUUCCCACGAUGAUGAUCCAGAAAUUCAAGAUAUUUCCGAUGUAGCCUUACCAUAUAAGCCAAUGGCAGAACAAAACCCAGAUUUUGAUGAUAUGUUUCAAAAAUUAUUACAACAGCAAGGUCAGCAUCAUCAACAAAAUCAUCAACAAGGAACAAGUGGUCAUAAUCCUAUGGACGAUUUAUUCAAAAUGUUUGGCGAUUUAGGAGGUAAUGAAUCAAAUGAAAAUUUUGAUUUUUCAAAUCAACCUCAAUUUCAAAAUCCAAAUGAAUUAAAAUAUCAAAAGGAUUUAUCUAAUUAUUAUAUAUAUCAACAAAAAUUAUGGAAUUUUAGAUUUUUAAUUAUAAGAAUUUUAGCAACUUUAAUCAAUUUUAUUUAUCAUUAUAUAAAUAUUCCUUCAUUUAUAUCUUCAAAACAUUCAUAUGUUAGAGAUUUAAAAAUAGUUUAUCCUAUAAAUGGAUUUAUUACAUGGUUUUUCACAAUUGAAAUAGCUAUAAUAGCAAGUUAUUAUAUAAUUUUUGAAAAAUUAGGAUUGUUUCAUGCUUCCAAUAAAAAAAGUUUUAUAUUACAAGGUAUUAAUAUGUUAUCAAUGUUUAUACCAAAUUUAAAUAGUUAUAAACCAUUAAUAACUAGAUUAUUAGGUUAUAAAGCAUUAUUGGGGAUAUUUUUAGGAGAUUUAUCAUUAGUUAUUGUGUUAUUUGGACUACUUAGUUAUAAGAACUAA